UUUAUGUGAAGGAGUGAGAGGUCUUCUCAGCAGAGCUGCAUUGCGAUGUUGUGAAGCGCCCGCCCUCUCUAAUUCACACGCUCAUCAUGGAGGAAUAACAGCUACCUGCUUUACAGAGAGCGGAGGGCAGGCUUAUUCCCGUUCCCAGCAACGUCUUGAAACGAGGUCAGACCAUCCGCGAAUGUGAAUUACACUGUUUUAUUAAAGCAGACAAUCGCGAUGAAGCAUUUUCUGAGGGUCCUGACCCAGUUGCUGGUGGUGCUUUACUGUAAGUGUUUGUGGCGGGGCUUGAAGUUUGUCAUCAGGAAGGUGACGGGACGAUGUGAGCUUCAACGGAUCUGUUACAAUAACAAACCUGGUGCCCGAAGGACCCUCAAGAUUGAAUCCUCACUCAAAUGCUCUAAACAUGAGCUUUUGCGGUCUGCCGUCAGUGUUCAGCCAGAUUCUGUAGAAAAGACUAUCGAUGAUAUAAUGUCCAUGAAAAAAAUCAACCUUGAAACUAACCCACAGCUUGGCAUCUCUCUCCAGGCUUGCCUGCUCCAGAUUGUGGGUUACCGAAACCUAGUAGUGGAGGUGGAGAAGCUGCGUAGAGAGCCGUAUGACUGUGAAAACCCAGCACAUGAGGAGAUGCUCAUGAAGCUGUGGAAGGAACUCCGUCCUGAUUCUCUUCUCUCUGGACGCAUCUCAAAGCAAUGGUGUGAGAUUGGUUUUCAAGGAAACGACCCCAGGACUGAUUUCAGGGGCAUGGGUCUCCUGGGCUUGCACAGCCUACUGUAUUUUGCGAAGCAUGACAAAGCCACUGCUCUCCAAGUUCUUCAUGACUCCCUGCAGCCCAAACACAGCAAGAUGAGCAAAGCUGAGUGGGACAAGAAGACAUACGACAAAGCGAUUGGAUACUCCUUUGCAAUAGUUGGCAUAAACAUCACAGACCUGGCAUAUUCCCUGCUGGUGAGCGGCGCUCUGAAGACUCACCUGUACAAUGUUGCACCAGAGAUGCCAAGUCUAGUGCACUUCCAACAGACCUUCUGUUAUCUGAUGCAGGAGUUCCACAGGUUCUGGAUGGAGGAAGAUCCAUGUGACAUCAUGGAGUUCAAUCGCGUGCGCACCAAGUUCCACAAGCGCAUCCUGAAGCAGCUGAAGAACCCUGACAUGGCACUGUGUCCUCAUUUCACUGCCUCUGACCUUCACCUGGUCAACCUGUAGCUUUCCAUUCGUCUCAACUCUCAUCCUUAAUGUCCAUGUCUCAUCACUGCCAACUGCUUAGCCGGUCUCUUUCUCAUGUAUUCUCACACCAAUGUCUCCUACAGCACAUCUGACCAGAAGUUACUGAAGAUCACCAGCACUGCUGAAGACCAUGUUGAUUGUAUGUGCGCAUGGCAACAGUGCACCACCUUACAGCUUUCACACUGAUUGUGAUAUUUACAGCUAUCUGAAUGUGGACGGGAGAGAUAUCUCCAGAUAGGACAGGGCUCCCUAUCCACCAGUAGGUAGAGCUGUUGGUACAUAUUAGUUAAUACAUUGACCUUGCAAGAGUUUCUACACAUAUCCACCGCACUAGGCUGCACUGAUACCAGGCACACUUUGAAACAAAUGACCAUUGUUUAUAUACACUAUCAUAUACUUUCAGAGCUGUUAUAUUAAAGUCUUUUAAAGGAAUAUACAUGGUUUAGUACAAGUUAAGCUCAAUCAACAGCACUUUUGGUAUAAUGCUGAUUACCACAAAAAAAAUAUUUAAAAAAAGCAAAAAUCUGGUUUACAGCGAGACACUUAAAAUGGAAGUGAAUGGGGCCAAUUUUUUAAUUGAAAAAAAAAAAUUGCAUCUGUUUCAGAAAUGUAGCCACAAGAUAUACAUGUUAACAUAAUUUAAGUCUGAAAAAAUACUACCCUUUUCUGUGUAAAGUUAUUUUUACAAUUGUAAAUAAGAUGAUUUAAACAGAUCAAAUCAUACAUACAUUUGAAUAGUAUUCAAUGCAAUUGCUUUAUGAGAUUAGAGUUGUCAAAUUUCUGAUUUUAAUCACUUUAAAUUUGGCCCCAUUGCCGUCCACUGUAAGUGGCUCACGGUGGCCUUGAUUUUUUUUGUAUUUAUUUUUUAUUAAAAACAAAAAAAGAGAAGAGCCGACAUUAAAUUUAUGUGGUAAUCAACAUCAAUGAGUAACCAUAACCAUUAUCAUCACCCUCAUAUUCUGAAUCGCAUUCUUCUAUCAUAUACUUACAGUAUAUAGACUACUACAUGUUGCCAAGAAGCAGAGCUUAAAAUCAAAUAUUUACUUACCAAAUAUGGUAGGAUAAUGUGUGUUUUGUGAAUGUUAUCAUGCAGAGCACAUGAUUGUUUUACAAAUGUAAUAGUGUUGAUGUAAAAAAAAAAAUAUAUAUAUAUAUAUAUACUGUAUAAAUAAAAAAUAUGGAAUGUUCCAUUUUUCUGUCCUAGCACCAAAGCAAUAAGUGACAUUUAGAACAGUUAUUAGAAACAUUUUUGUUCUAAUUUUGUUGUGCCUCUAUUGUAUUAUUACUAAUUAGCAUAAUGUAUAACUAAAGUUUAGCCCUCAGUGUGAGUAUUUCAGGCAUUCUUUGGUCUCUUCAGCAUUUCUUUUUUUAACCUUUACAGCUGUCACAUCACAAAUGCAUGUUGUUCUUUAAGUUUGUCCAUUAACCCUUUAACACGACGGAUGGUCACAGGGUUUGCCUGGAUUUAGUUUUUGCCUGCAAAAAACUUUAUCAGAAUGUCACUUAAAUUUUAAUGUUGUUAAUCGGUGCAAUGAAUGUCUUUGCUAAUGGCAGUGUUAAGCAGCUUAUUGUAAAUAGCUAUUGGUUGAACUGUGUUUCCACAUGAUUUUUAAUGUGUAAAAAGUGUCCUACAUUUCUCAUUGCAGCACUUUUACAGACAAGACAGAAGAAGUUGUUGUACACAAAGCCUUAGAGGUGGAAUACAUCGAAACAUUAAAGCUCAUCAUUACGCAUGGCUGAA